CGACACGAGAUUAUGCCGUGGAAGUUCGACACGAAUGUGGUAUAAAGAUGGUGGCAUGCGAGGUCACAUUUCAAAACCAUGUCGGCCGCCCCAUACCACCACCAAGCCCAAUGCACCAGCGACGUUUGGUCCUUGUCAUGUCCUUCCUUGGAGGACGACACUGCGUAUGCCUUGGCGUUGGCUGCGCAGUUCGAAGCCGAAGAUUCCGAUGCGUUGGCUAUGGCGUCGGCAGAUGCAGCGCUGGCGCAUGAUUUAGCAGCCGCGAGCUCGGCUGGGUCGUAUCGAUCCUCCCAUGGCACCUUUUCCUUUGAUGAUGGGGACAGUGAUCGGGAUGUAGCUCAAGCGUUGAUCAACAGCCGAGGCUCGGCUACGUUUGAUGAGUGGGCGACGGAAUACCAAGUAGAACCAACCCCACUAAUAAACGAAGAUGCAGCGAGCAUGGCACUGGCGAAAGCGCUGGCGGAUCAAUUUGAUCACGAGAUCGCGAUCGAGUUGACUACCCAAGAUAUAGAUGAAGGAGACGAUGCCACAGACGUUGCCGACCACCGGUGGGAGACUGCUGACCUGAACGACGAACCAACCCCUGACGACACCAGUGCUGCAGCAGACACACCCGUCGUACGGAGUCGCAACCGCCGAGUGAGUUGGUUUGCCCAAUCCUCCAAGUCGUCUAUGCGCAAGGGCGUACGGAUUGCACUCGACUAAGUCGCCCCUUUAUCAUGCAUACAUUUUUUCCAUAUUGUAAUUUUCACGUGGAUUUAGCCCCCCGCAUACCAAAGACUAAGGCGAGAGAACGGCACGUUUCAUAUACAGCAA